UGCACGAGCAGUCUAUAAAUUGAAAGCCUUUAUUAUUGCUGUCACGAACUUUUAAAUGCUAAGUACCUACUUAGCGUCCGCAGGCUACAAAGCAAAUUUUAAAAUUAACAUAGAUACGAUUGUGCUAACUAGGUACUUUUUUUUUAUUGUUAACUCCUAUUGUAAGACGACAACUACUGAACUACCCAUGAACAUCAUCAAUCAUCAUCAAUCUUUAGUUAAAAUUCAGUUGGGACUGUUCAGAACUGUAAUCAAAACUGAUGACCUUCAGUUUUAGGGUAUAUUUGAUCUUAGUGAGGUAGAAUUACAUGAAGGCGAUCAUUACUGUGUUUUUCACAUCUUUUUUUCUGUUCAUCGUUCUCUUUGUAACGUGAUACUGUAGUAGAUAUUCCGUCCCUUUGGCUUAGGAAAGUUUGAGACUAGGAUAGAAUACAACAAUAAAUCACUUGAGAUUCGAUAUGGGCAGAUUAAUAAAUUUCGCAAUUAAAAAUGUGGAUACUUCGCUUUAUUUUUGGAGAUAAGUUUAACAACGUGUACCUAUGCUAUUAAUCAUAAUUUAUGUAAUUUUUUACAGAAUGCAUCACAGGUUUGACAACAUAUUGAAAUUAAUGUUAAUUAAUAUACCUUUCUUGAUCUCAAAAAUGAUAAUACCUAUAUGGUCGAUUCCAACACUGGUAAAGGUUUUGUCGGUUCUCUGAUAAAAUUGUUAAAUAAAUCUAGACAACAUUCCGAGCCUUUCUGAGACUUUCCACCUUCCUCAUAUGGACGGACGGUGUUAGUACUAGUAGUAGGGCUGAGCAGGUAACCGAUUGAUAUUCUUGCUAUGGGGGUUCCGAGUACUCCCCUCAAGACAUGGAGAACUGUCGUCGCUUUAUUAACGUUACAAAAGAACACAGUUGCGCACCAACGGGAUAUUGCACAUUUUAUAUUGGAAGUAUGAAAGGGUACGCAGGCUGCCCCCAUCGACCAGUACCUACGAUCAUCAUGAAUUUUAAACUUGUAUUGGCUUCUGCUGCUCUCGUGUGUGUAGGUGUUGCUUCAGGCUUUCCCGUAACCGACUGACAUCAUUGCUAUGGUAACUCCAAAGACUCCCCUCAAGCCCUCGAGAACUGUCGUCGCUUUAUUAAUGAUACCAAAGAGCACAAUUGUUCAUCACAGGGAUAUUGUACAUUUUAUAUUGCAACUUAUCGGAUGAACAAUAAGACAGAACAAGAAGCGAUGAGGUAUUGUGCUCACUCUACUUGUUCGGUCCUAAAGGAAUAUAUCAAAAGAAAAAAUAUCACACACUGUACGCAAUGCAUACAAGACUAUUGCAAUACUAGCACAAAUUGAUCAAUGAGACCAAGCCUCCAUAAAGAUUGUGAAUAUUUUUGUGCAUACUACUAUCACCAAAGACUAUGGGGAGGAUAGUUAUUGUUCCAUAAUAUUUUUGUUCUUUUUUCUUUGCCAUUAUUCUCUUAAUUUUAAUAUACGCGUAUUGUAACGUAAAUUUAAUUACGUGUUUUAUUUAAUACAACUAAUUAUCGUAAAUUUAUAACAGUCUUAAAAUAGAUUAAUUUAUAACAGGAAUUAUUAUUUAUUAUGUUUUCUCUUCACGAUUGUAUGACAUGUUCCUUAAGAUAAGCCAGUUUGUUCCAGUAGCAACUACUCGUCUUUGAAAGGCGAAUACUAGACUCUAAAACGACAAGAAAAUAGAAAUGAAAUUCUAGGGAGACCUACCUUGAAAUUGUUGGCAGUAAAAUUUUGACAAACCCUUGUUUUGUAAAAGACGAAAAUAAUAAAGAGAAAUAAUUUAGUAAUUCGGGAAUAAAAUAGAAGUAAAUAAAUAGACAAGCGAGGUUAUGUAUAUGUCAUAAUAAACACGGCCGCGUUCAUGAAUGUCAACAGUGGUAGACAUUGGUCAGAGAUUUUUGAUCACGUUGUAUAUAAAUCUACAAUGAGUACACUAGAUACUUACAGACUAAGAACGGUAACGUUACAAUAGACACAUCUACAUCUAUUCAAAUUUUAAAUUUUCCAACGGUCUCCGCCAUUUUUGUUGUGCUUUAUGCUCAUAAUUAAUAAUCGUCAAGAAGUCUAAGUACGCCUCCAAUCAUGCCUCGAAGAUAUCAACAAAUUGAUGUUGAAAGUACCUCACACACAUCACUAUCGGGAAGUGAUCUAAUGAAAACCUUCAAGGAUUUGGGGAUCAUCACGGGAAACGUUGGAAAACUAACGAUAAAUGCCUGGUUCGAUACCGACUGCGAAGCUACCAAGGAAAUGUUCGAGUGGCUGUGUAGUUCUCUGUCCAAGGACAACGUUUUAACCCCAAUGGAAAUGGAUGAAUAUGAGCAGUUGGAGCAAAGUGGAAGAGUAAUUUCAGAUCGGGAAUAUGAAUGUGAACUUUCUAAACUAACCCAAAAAUGUCCGGGUAUACUAGAAUACGAGGAAAAUGCUUUCGAGGUUGACUGCUUGGAGGAAGAGUUAAAAUUGCUUACUAACGAACGAGAUCACUUGGAACAUGUCGUUAUUUCACACCGGGACAUAAAGCAUAAGUUGUCAAAGACGUUAAACGUGCUGCAAGAGGAGGAGCUGGUGUACAACCUACAAAAAAAUAAUGCGGAGAAGGAGUGUGUCGAGUUAAGUCUGUCAUUGGAUGAAAUGCGUGAGAAGGUCCAGCAGCAAAUUUCACGUUACUCCGACCACUUAAACAACUUUGAUUAUGAUAAUGGAAUAUUUGUCUCGAAUAAUUCCAGCUCGAAAUCGAAACUUAGUCAAAAUUAUCAACACAUGAUGUCUCGUUUAAGUUUAUUUCUUAAGCACCGUGAUUUACUCCAAUAUGACGGGAUGUGCGAGGGAAGUCUGGACCAGUUGGCCUUAUUACGACAGAGAAUUGCGGGAAGUUAUUUAAAGUACGCAAUGGCAGAGACCGACAAAGAAAGGCUAGAAGGAGAACUCGAAUUUUUACAAAAUACGAAGGCCAACCACUUUUCUUCCAAUAAAAGUCUCGAGGACAGCUUUCAGAUAUGUAAUAAAUCGGAAAUAGUUGCACAAGAGAUAAUGCUAAAUGAUCUUUGUUCGAGCAUGGAGGGUAUUGUACAGAAAUUGGCCGAUGCAAUUGUUGAUAAACCUAAAGUUGAGGUCUUGAAACAAUCGCUCGAGUUCAAAAGAGAGAAACUUAAUUUGCUGAAGAAGGUGGAUUCCCAUACAACCGCAAUUCUCGCAAGAUAUUUGUUACAUUAUGCAAUGAUGACCAAAGAGAAAGUCGAUAUCGAAUCGACGGAUUCAUUUUUUCGUAAUGUGCAUCAGUAUAUCAUGCGCAAUGUGUACAGCUCACAGUUACGCACUGAUGCCAUGGCAGAAACAAUCGCAAUGUAUCAUCUUCACAAAGAACUCCCCUUAGAGAAAAAACUUCCUUUAGUUAACUUUAAAAAACAACUACUUAGUGAUGACGGUGAGUCGAUUUCAGCUCUACAGGCAUUCAAAGAAUUUGAUAAGGAAUAUCAUCACACAGAGCAUCAAGUGUUUGUAAAUGAUUCUGUACAACAUCGCCAAUUUACGAAAAUAUUUGAGAAGGAGGUUGAUACGUUACGCAGAUUUCUUGCUACCGGUCCCACUUCUCAAAUUAUGGUAAUUCCAAAUCACCUAUGGGAUGCUUUUCUUGAAAUUGAUAAGCUGAUCAAUCUUCAAAGAGGAGUUGUAAAAUCAGCUAUACAAGGAGUUAAUUCUGCUGCUAAAAUGUUGGAUGAAAAGAAAUGGUUUAAAAUCAGGAGACAAUUGUGGAUGCGGUUUCUGGUCGAACCUAAAAAAGUUCUUUUGGCAAUUAAUCAAAUUGAAGCAUAUGUGAAUCAAACUCGGAAGUAAAAUUUCUGAACUGAAGGAGUUUCUGAAUUAUAUUAUUAUUAAUAGUUUUGUGAAAUAAUAUUUAUUUGUUUAUUAUAAUUGUGUGUAAUUUGUUUGAAUUGAAUGUCAUAGUAUCAUUACAUGCAUCAAUGAUA